UACAAAACUCACUCUUGAAGAUGCUAAACAAAUCGCAAUAUCUAAACAUGGUCAAUGCCUUUCAACAGAGUAUGUUAAUAAUAAAAUUCCGAUGUUGUGGAAAUGCCAUCAAAACCAUAUUUGGAGUGUCUCGUUUUCAAAUAUUAAAAAUUUAGGAACAUGGUGUCCACAUUGCGCUGGUAUGCCAUUCCAACUCAAAUAUUCUAUAUACGAUGCUUGCAAAAUUGCUAAAAGUCGAG